AUUCCCAGCCUUCGACUCCGGCGCCGCGCCAAGCUCUCCCUCCUCCCUCUUCCUCGAUGGCCCGCACGAAGCAGACGGCGCGCAAGUCGACCGGCGGGAAGGCGCCGAGGAAGCAGCUGGCGACGAAGGCGGCGCGCAAGUCGGCGCCGGCCACCGGCGGCGUGAAGAAGCCGCACCGCUUCCGGCCUGGCACGGUGGCGCUCCGGGAGAUCCGCAAGUAUCAGAAGAGCACGGAGCUGCUGAUCCGCAAGCUCCCCUUCCAGCGCCUCGUCCGGGAGAUCGCGCAGGACUUCAAGACGGACCUCCGGUUCCAGAGCUCCGCCGUCGCCGCGCUGCAGGAGGCCGCCGAGGCCUACCUCGUCGGCCUCUUCGAGGACACCAACCUCUGCGCCAUCCACGCCAAGCGCGUCACCAUCAUGCCCAAGGACAUCCAGCUCGCGCGCCGCAUCCGCGGUGAGCGCGCUUAGUUAGUUUGCUCUCGUCGAUCUGAGCUUUUUGCUCCAUGUGCUAGAAUUUCUCCUACUCAAGUGAUGCAUUCUGACUUGCUGCAAUGGCGUGCCAACUGUUGAUCUGAUUAUCAAUGAAAAAUCUGUCUCUAAAGUUUAGUUGCUCUUGUUCCUAGUUUGGUUCUGGUAUCUGUUUUGCUAAUUUUUUGCUCCUGAUUAUCUGAUUUGAU